AUGAAACGUUGGCAAAGUACAAUGCAAAAAUUUCGAGAAAAAGUUUUAAGAAAACCAACAUCAAAUGGUCGUUCGAAGUCAGAUUAUCCAGGAAUAUCACAUCAUGCUUCAUUAAAUCAAUCCGUACAACAGCAUCAUUCAUCAUGGGAUCAGUCAACACAACAACCAUACCAUUCAACAUAUGAUCAGCCAGCACUACAACAAUACCAUUCAACAUUCGAUCAGCCAACACAAGAUCGUUCAUCUUAUCCAAAUCAAUCCACAACAAACAAGCCUUGGCUCGAUCUUCGAUAUCAUGAUGCUAAUAAAACAUCGAUAAAAAAACCGGCAGAAUUAGAAAAUGAAUUGCAACAACCAAUAGGUCCAAUUGAUCCUGAACUUUUAAAUAAAAUUCAAGGAUCAAUAGUAGGAAUGGCAUUAGGCGAUGCUCUUGGUGCACAUGUUGAAUUUCGUCCUCGUGAAUAUUUAAUAGAUAAUCCUGUUACUAAUCUUGAAGGAGGUGGAACAUGGGGUCUUGUAAAAGGACAGUUUACCGAUGAUACUUCAAUGGCAAUCUGUUUAGCUAAUUCAUUGAUAUCGCACAGCAAAUUCAAUCCUUAUGAUCAGCUAGUUCGUUAUAAAUGGUGGUUUAGAUUAGGAUAUAUGUCAUCGACUGGAGAAUGUUUCGAUAUUGGCGCAGCAACUAAACAAUCGAUAUUGGAAUUUGAAAAACGUCAAAACAUGUUUGCGAAACAUAACAAUCUAAUUCAAAACGAUAUGGAUGCACUUUCAGAUCCAGAAUUACUUAGUCAGUUUGAUGUAAAUUGUAGUCAAGCUGGAGUUGCUGGUAAUGGAGCUCUUAUGCGUCUUGCACCAGUACCUUUAUUUUUCCAUCGAUAUCCCUCAGCUGCUGUUGAAUAUUCAGGUAUUAGUGGACAGAUUACUCAUGGUGAUAUUAAAGCUUAUGAUGCCUGUCGUUAUUAUGGUGCACUAAUCGUUGCUAUUCUUCAUGGAUAUGGGAAAGAUCAAAUACUUGAUAAACGAUUUUAUCAUGAUCAUAAAGCAUGGUUUGGUGAUAAGGAACUUUGUGAUGAAAUUAGAACAAUUGCUGAAGGAUCUUUUAAGAGAAAGGGUGGAUAUGAUGAAGGAAUUCGUGGUAAAGGAUAUAUUGUUGAUGCUCUCGAAGCAGCAUUAUGGGCAUUUUGGUCUGAUAAUAACUCAUUUGAAAAAGGUGCACUUGCUGCUGUGAAUCUUGGUGAUGAUACCGAUACAACGGCUGCUAUAUAUGGUCAAUUAGCUGGUGCUCAUUAUGGUUAUAAAAAUCUACCAAAACAUUGGCGUAAACAUGUAUAUGCUGAGAAAUUUCUGUUAAAUUUGAGUAAAUGGAUCGCUUAUGAUGGAGAGUCAUGGAAACCAUCAGAAUAUCUACAUCGAAUUAAUUCAUCACAAAAUAAAGUUUCUGUUCCUGCAUUUAUACCAACUGAACCUCAAAAGGUGGCACCAAAUAGUGGACGCCAACGUCGGAGAAAAUAUCAUGAUGCUCCUCAACCAGAUCCUACAUCACAAUUUAUCUUGCCAUCGUCUCAGACCAUGAAUCAAGAAUAUAUGUAUCCAAAUGAUAUGAAUUCACCUAUGAAUAAUCAAUUUCAGCCGGAUUCAGGCAUUAAUGCAGUACCUCUGACGACAUCAAGCACGAUCAAAUAUAUUACAACAAUGAACCAAGAACCGAUUCAUUCACCUCAAUCACGUAGCAAAAGAUCAUCGGAAAAUGAUAAACAGCAAAUAACAUCACGCAAAACUUCUUCAAUGUCUUCCACAAAUAAUAGAUCAGAUACAGAUAGUGUAAAUCAAAGAUCAUCAAAUACAUAUAAAAAUGGCUUGACUGUACCGUCUCAAAAUGCUACUAGAACCGAUGUUCAAACAUCACAACCAAUGUCGACUUCAUAUAAACCUAUUUCACAACAUAAAUUAAUAAAUGAUCGGUCAAAUGAGAAUAAUCUUGGAGUCGAUAAAUUACAAAAGCGCGAUUCCUCGAAAAGUAGACCGCACUCAACUUACUUAGAGAAUCAUGCAAUCCAAAUAAAUGAUCGAUCUUCGAUGCCAAUCAACGAAUCGUCUCGUAAAAGAAAUACUAGUAGAACCUCACAGAAUCAAUUUGCUUAUGAUUCUCAAGGUACUAAUGAUACAUUCAUUAACAAGAACUACUCAACAACUGAUAGGUCAACGAGAGAACAAGGACAAGGCAAGCUAGUUGACUCAAUAACGAUAUCAGGACGACCAUCAGCGAAUCGCAAUAGUAAUUAUUACUAA